AUGGAAGGAUUGAUGGAUGAUAUGAGCACAGGCAAGGACACGGGAAUUGACUUGAAUGUUGGUUUAGAUUGCGGAAUGGAUUAUGGAGAUGAUACCAGUGGUGUUAGAGAUAGUGACGAUAUGGAGGACAAUGUCGACACCAGCGAUAGUGAUUCUGAGGAUGAUAAUAACACUAACAUUGGUGAUGAUGACAAGGAGAACAUCUCAGACGAGCAUUUGCACAGCUUCGAAACACAGCCACACAACUUAUAUGCACCUCUACAUAAAGAUGCUGCAAGUCGGGAAUGUGAAGCCAUAUUCUAA